AUGUUCGCCAACAACAACGCUCAACGAAUGCGGUGCCUGCUGGGCGUCACGCUGCUGCUCCUUGUGCACUGCGCCGGCAGCACUCUCGCAGUGUCGGAGCACCACCGCUGCAUCUACGACUACGUGGCCCGCAACCGGUAUGAUAUUGAGAAAGUGACCUUUAGUGGGACCACACCGAAUAAAACCGUAUGGCCUCCGCAUACAUCUACCGUGUUCUCAACGUCCUUUAAACUAACGUCCUCUGAGAAAGGAGAUCCUCUUCUUUUACCAGAGGCGGGUUACAGACCUCUUCGUAUCAAGGUGUUCAUGGCGAACACGAAGGGCUCCCAGACCUGUGAGAGCGCCUCGGGUGAGAUCACCACCACCUUUGGUACGAGGGUGAGCUGCACCGCGAAUGAUGUCCUUACAGAGGAGAAGAAGAAGAUUCUGGAACAGACGAUCCUCCACGAGGCUGUGAAGCUGCACUCUGGCCGCCUGUACGUGAAGCCAUCACAGUACCGUGUUGUUGCCCCGAACUUCAACGAUAACAAUCCCUGCGGUGAGCUGAACAUCCCUGAAGAGCACCACACUGAGGGUGUUGACGACGCCGACAUGGUGCUGUACGCCACUGCUGCGCCGACCGUUGAUGGCGCCUUUGCGUGGGCGGCGACGUGCGCGGUGCACCCCGACGGGCGGCCGGUGAUUGGCGUGAUCAACUACAGCCCGCGCCACAUUGCACGCACGUCGCAGGCCGUCCGCGUCGCCGCACACGAGAUUGCGCACACCCUUGGGUUCAACGUGAAGACCAUAAAGGAGCACACAAAGUUGGGUCAAGCCUCGAUUAAGAAAGACCCAAAAACAGAUAUGCAUGUUUACGACUCAGCAAAUGUGAAGAAAGUUACAUCAUACCAUUAUGGCUGUAGCAGUAUGAAACGUAUGCCACUCGAGAACGAGGCACCGUGGAUGGCGGCAGCUGAGGGGGAAGCCAUGACACCUCCGACGCAGAUCUCCCCUCCCGGUGUUCAGGCUGCAAGUGUGGCGGAAAUACAGGCGGAAAGCGCUGAUGCUUUGAUUAGCGAACUUCCUGAUCUGGAGCCUGUUGUCGAGCAGAGAAGGAUUACAGUCAUCGACAUGCCACCACCGCCGCCGCUACAGGUGGAGGUGUCUUCCCACUGGAAGCGCCUCGUUGCGAAGGACGAGUUGAUGACCGGCCUUGUCGGUGCGGGGCGCUACACACUGUUGACACUUGCAGCCUUCGCCGACCUGCAGUUUUACAUGGUGGACUGGACGAAGGCGGAGCCGAUGAACUGGGGGAGAAAUGCUGGAUGCGAUUUUCUGACCAAUAAAACGAAGUGCGUUGAGAGUGGCGUCUCUAAACACCCUGGCAUGUUCUGCACGGGUUCCACCGAUGAAAAGAAGUCACGGUGCACGUCUGACCGUCAGGCGUUGGGGACGUGUGUUACUAAAGAGUACGAAAACCUUCCUGAGAGAUACCAGUACUUCGAAGCCAAGGGUGGCAAGAUGCGUGGUGGCAGGCGGGAGGACAUGAUGGACUACUGCCCCAUUGUUGUGGCGGGCAAAGGCUUCAGCUGCAUUGAUGGCGACCGAAGCGUCAUGCCGGGGAGUGUCAUUGGCCCAUCGUCGCGGUGUGUGGAGGGAAAUGGUCUCACAGUGAAUGGCGAGGCGAUUGACGACGUCUGCGUCCACGUUGCGUGCAUGGAGAGGUCGGUGUAUGUGCAGUACGCUGGUGCCCCCACGUACUACUUGUGCCCGGAGGGGGAGUUCCUGAAGGUGCACGGUAAGUUCAAUGGGAACGGUAACAUCACUUGCCNAUCAGCACAGCCACCGUUGACACAACCCCUGCAGCACUGGAAGCCACCCAGGGUCAGGCUGCAACGACCACCCAAGGAACAGAUCACGCCGGCACCUCCACAGUUUCAGCUGAGGGCACUCAGGGUAAUGAGGGUGCACUUGCUGGGAAUAUUGCAGCGGAAAGCACGAACCUUGAUCUCAAGCUGA